GAAAACAAAAGUAGUGAGAGAGUCAUGCAUUAAGCCUCGCUAAAACCCCAUGGGUUUCUCAUUUCUCCUCUUCGGCUCUCCGCAGAAAGAGAGAACGCAUGGCCCUCUUUCGUCUUCUACUUCUAAAACAAGGGUUUCGUUCCAACACGAGAGGGCUUAUAAUGUCGACAAGAAGUUGCUCUUCUUUAAGCGGCGGGACUGAGGCGCCCAAUCCCAAUCACUUGGAGCGACUGGAGGAGAAGGGAGAGUUUUCUGUGGAUUCGUCUUCAAAGAAAUGUUCGGAAAUACAUUCAGGGGUCUUCUCAAAAGCUACACACGUUCAAAGCAAAGUGGUUGGGUCUUGGAACUCUCUGAAAGGUAUUUUUACAGUAUGGAAGGGGAAGAUAACGAGACAACCUCAAUUUCAGAAGCAAAUUACAAAUGAAACUUUAGAGUCCAAGGUUGAUUCAAAAGCAUCUGAGGUUAUUAUGAUGCAACAUCAGCCAGAUGCAACUUGUAAUGGGAAGUCCCAUGCUGUAUUUCAGUCUGUAGACAGCAAGGAGUGUGUUACAACCAGUAGUACAUUACAUUUAACGGGGAAAUGUGCUUCUGAGAAUAUAGUUGAUACCACAGCUUCUGAGAAUUCAGUUGAUGAUACAACUUCUGAUGUUAUAAAGAUGUAUAAGAAUACUGACAAUGUUGAACUUAGUGAGCCUGAUAGUAUUGUUCAAUCAUUGGAAGUCAGGAAUGAGAAUGAGAAUGAGAAUGGAUAUAAGCAGCUUGAGGGAGCAAUGACAUGCGCUGUAGUGGAAGUUGACAGGAAUCAGAAGAAGAAAGCUGAGAAGUUGUCUUCUCCAACAGCCCAGCUACCACGCGAAGGUUUUAAAACUGUUGGAGAAGGUAUGACUAAGUUUACUCCAUUUAAAAUGGAGAAACUUCUCAAAAAGAAAAUUGUCACUUCGCCGCAAACAGCUCCUGCUGUCUCCAACGAGGGUGAAAUACUGUUAUCAUCUGAUGGUUCUCAGAAGGACAAUGAGUUUGUGGAAUUGUUUCUUAGGAAAACCAAUGGUCAAAAUCUGGCAGAAAUGACCAAUGAAAACAGUGCUAUUGUGACACCUAGUGAUUCUUUGGAAACUUCCAGUAAAACGUCAAUGGGAGAUGUAGGCAAAAAUAUAAAAGAUUUAAUUGACUGCAUUAAGAUACUUCCUGCAAAGCAAUCGUCACGUAAGUCUCAGGACAGAAUUGUUGCCACAAGGCCCACAACUGGUCAGGUUGGCACAAAAGACUUGGGGAAAAAAAUCAAAAGCUGCAUUGAUUUGCAUAAUGCAGUUAUUGAAGGAAGACAAACGUCUUUUCACGGCCAUCCUAAGAGCAAGGAGAAUAAACAGUAUAAUGAGAACAAAGUUAUAGAAGAACCAGGUGUGAAAAUACCCUUGGAGCUAUGCACAAAUGCCAUUAGCCAGUUUGAGAGGGGUGAUGAGGGUGGAGAUGUGAACACUCGAGCUCAUGAUCUCAUGAAACAAGAAUUAGUUUCACAUUCUUCCACUACCAAAGAAAACCUAAAUCAGACUAUGGACACUGGAGGGCAUAUGCAGAACAGAGUCUUGCUCAGACUUUUGCACCAUUCAGUCACAAACGAUGAUAUUAUGAAUGCUUUCACAGAUUGUGGGCCCAUCCUGAAGAUUGAAGAAAUUUGGUCUUUCAAAGAUAGCAAAUUCAAGGAUGCUUUUGUAUAUUUCAAGAGAAGGAAAGGAUUGCGCAAAGCUCUGAAGAAAACUGAUCUGUUGGUGAGGAGUACAGACGCCUUCAUGGAAGCGCCCUCAUCAUUGGAAGGCAACCCUAAUAAAAUUUCUAUCCCCAAUUUGAUAGGUGAUCCUGAUGUUCCAGUUGAACUAGUCAAGAAUCCCACACAAACAGUUAAGAUUAAGCAGUGGACUGGUGAUAUAAGCUCACAUCAGCUGAUAGAAGCUCUCUCUUUCUGUGGGAGUGGUAUAACUAUCCUGGGAUCCUCAAAUUCUGUAGCUUAUGUGGAGUUUGAGACAGAAGAUGCUAAGGAGAGGGCAAUUGUAGAACAUUCCAUAUCAGUAUUUGGAAAGCAGCUCUUUAUAUUCAGAAUUGAUGUACCUAGAACAACAGUUAUUCGGCUUUCAAACAUCAAAAAACGGUCUGAGAAUAUCCGGCUCAUCUGCAAUUCUCAUGGGAAGGUCAAAAACAUGUUUUGGAGAGGCAAGGGCCUCGUGGAUGUGCAAUUCAAGCUUUCUGAAUGGCCUAACAUGUCGAGCAUUCUUAACAGAUUAAAUGGACUGGUAGUGGAUGGCAGACGAUGGGUUGCUGUCCCUGCCCCUGUCUUUCCUCCAGCAAUCCUUAAUGUUCUAUGGAGUGACCCUGAUGGAAAAAGACAUGUGAAAGCCACGGUAGAUAGUUUGAUGAGAAAACUUGGGAAUGUUGACAUGGAAGAGUUCACUAGUCUUUCUGCCAUGUAUUUUGGCAAAGAAUUUUGAGUUUGCAAAUAUUUUACCUGGGGAGAGCAGGCUAUUUACUUAGUGA